GAAUUACCGUGACGGUCUUGUGAGCGAAUCACGUUGCUGUGGGAUCACACGGUCGGUGUUAGCUUCGGUGUGGGGAAGUUGGCUCUGUUGUGCUGUCGAGACACACUGUGAAGGUUGGAAGCUUAAAAUCCCCUCGAGGAUGCACUGCAUCUCCACCGUGUCCAAUAACAGCUCCCGGGGUCGGUGGGCGGUGAUAGCUCAGAUCAAGCCUCUAUAAGUUGUCCCCUCGCGCGUUGAGGAAGUACGGUCUUGUUUCUGUGAUUGCUUGAGUUGGAGACAGACAUGGACGGGGACAAAGUGCAGAAGAAGCCUGUUCGCCUCAUUGCAGCGGUCUGCAACGGCAGGGGCAUCGGGAAGGAUGGACAAAUGCCCUGGGACUUACCAUCUGAAUUCCAGAACUUUAGGAACCAUGUCCUGGGGGUGUCGAGACCAGGAAAGCUGAACUUGAUGGUUUGGGGGAAACUGUGCUGGUACUCCGUCCCAAAAUCUGAUUUUCCUCUGGCCAAUGUGCUGCAUGCGGUGCUGAGCACAACAAUGGAGACGGUUCCAGAUCACGCCCACUUCUUGUGUCCAGACUUGGACAGUGCUGCCCGUCUGGCUGCACAGCCCCCCCUCGCUGACUUGAUUGAGACCAUCUGGGUUGUUGGAGGGACGCAGGUCUACGAGGAUGCGCUGAAGCACCCGUGGUGUGACUUGGUUUACCUGACAGAUGUCAUGGCAGACUUUGACUGCAACAUUUUCUUCCCUGAGUUUGACACAGAACUCUUUAAAGAACAAGAAGGAUUUCCUGAUGUACCGACUGGAAUCCAAGAGGAGAACGGCAUUAAGUACAGAUUCCAAGUAUUCAAGAAAGUGACCGGUGACGCGGUGUAGACAACUAACGGAGAGUCAACGUCAUAAAAUGCCUUGAAAACCUGUCGAGAUUUUUUGCAGAGUCACCUCCUGGAUAGACUGUGGAGACAUGCUGCCAAAACUCAAACCCACGGUGCGUCGUCAUAUCUUUGUAAAAGCCAAAGUCUUGCUAACACUCUUUGUCGUAGUCAUUGAGCAUUCCAGUGUAAAUGGGACCUUUUUAUACUCUUUGUAAUCAAUGAGAUACUUUAAACACAAACACUGUAAAAGUGGUCCAGUUUGUCGAGCCAAGUCUUCUUCCAUCGAUGCUGCUUGGUAGGACAUCAUGAUCUGCUCUGUUUUUUUAUUUUUAAAUCCCCUGCCACCCUCUGUUGUCAGCAUUCGCAUCUCGUCAUUCUCCUCAGCAAUAUUGCAGCUGCACAGAGAAUAUGCUUGUCAGUCGGCCUGUGUGGAUGACAGCUUGUGCUCUGGGUAGCUCAGCAGAUCUGGUCCUUUCCAAGCCAACAUGACAGAUGCCUGCUUAGAAAGCCACAAGUGAAUUGUCCUACUGGUUUGUUUUUUUUACUGUGCAGUCUUUUGUAAAUCUAGGAGGUUUUUCUGAAAAUAAAUCAAGUUUUUAAUG